AUUAAAAAAAACGUGCGUAAAGGAAAUUUUUUUUGAAGAUGGAUAUUGUAGAAGACACCAGAACACGAGUUACUCUGAAUGAGCAUGGAGUCGAUAAUGUUCAUAGUACAGAUUUCCCAGGAGAAUAUCCAAACUUCGAUGAUUCUUGGAGUUUGAAAAAGUUUAAGAAGAAUUUCCGAAUAGACAUGAUCAAAAUGAAUGUUGAUGAAAUGGAAUUUGACAUGGUGGGAAUUGAUGCUGCAAUAGCUAAUGCAUUCCGCAGGAUUCUACUUGCAGAGGUCCCCACAAUGGCUAUUGAGAAAGUACACAUUUACAACAACACAUCAAUCAUACAAGAUGAAGUACUCGCUCACAGACUCGGGCUCAUCCCCAUUAAGGCUGACCCCAGGCUGUUUGAGUACAAAACAGAGGGUGAAGAAGCUUCUCCAGAAGACACCAUCAUAUUUCAACUCAAAGUAAAAUGUACCAAAAAUUCCCAAGCCAAGGAUACAACAGACCCUGAUGAACUUUAUAAAGACCAUAAAGUUACAACCAAGCAUUUAAAAUGGAUAGCCAUGAAAGGACAAGACUCAAUAUUUAAAGAGGGAGAUUUAAGACCAGUUAAUGAUGAUAUUCUGAUUGCCAAAUUAAGACCAGGGCAGGAAAUAGACUUAAGAGUGUACUGUAAUAAAGGAAUUGGAAAAGACCAUGCUAAAUUUUCUCCUGUCGCUACAGCCUCCUACAGAUUGUUACCCGAGAUCAAUUUGAAAACACAGAUCACAGGGGCCUUGGCAGAAAAACUACAGAGUUGUUUCUCACCUGGUGUCAUCACUAUAGAUAAAAUCAAUGGAGAAAAGGUAGCCAGAGUGGAAAAUCCACGAAAAGACACAUGUAGUCGAGAAGUGUUUCGUCAUGAUGAUCUUAAAGACUUAGUGGAACUGAAGAAAAUCAGGGAUCAUUUUAUUUUUUCCGUGGAAUCCACAGGGAUACUGGCACCAGACAUUCUAUUAGAGGAAGCAGUCAAAGUACUGAUGAAAAAGUGUCAAGAUUUUUUGUCAGAAUUGGAUACGUAGUAAAAGUGAUUUUACCAUUUUAUCAGAAUGGAUGGGAGAACUUGGUGGACAAUUGUAUUUUGCUCGUUUAACAUCGUUUGGUCCCAGGACACAUUUUACUUCAGUUCCAAACCCGAGGACAUGGAUGUCAUUGAAGGUUCCGAGGUGUUACUAAGAUGUGACGUCUCCAACCGCUAUCAUAUCGUAUUUAGUUGGACCCACAACAGGAAGCCUUUAGUCCCCACCAGUAGGCGGUUCCAAGAGGGGAGCCACUUACACAUCCUCAGAGUCACAAGGGAAUUGGAUUCCGGCACCUUUGCUUGUAUUGCCACAAACAAGACAUCUGGACAUUCCCUAGUUAGUGAAGCUUCCCUCAACAUACAAUGGAUAGAUAAAACUGCCAAAGUGGAAUUGAAGCGACCAAAGCCGAAGGAGUUGGUCCUGAAUUCAGAGGUUCUCCUAAAGUGUCAGAUAACUGGAAACCCAGAGCUGCUGUUUGAUUGGUACCACAACACUUUCAGAUUGUUUAACAAGAACAGAAUUAAGAUUUUGGACAAAGGCUCCAAAGUACGCAUUACAAAUGUAACAGCAGAGGACAAUGGCAUUUAUUCCUGUCGCGCAGAAAAUACAGCUGGCGCCCGCUACAGCUCGGAGAACUUCCUGUUGAACGUCAAAGCCCCAAAUACUCCUCAUCUAAUCGAGAGCCAGUUCACACAAUCCCUGACAGUACUGAGGAAUGAUCCUGCUCGUCUGGAUUGUCCAUUCGAGAAUGCAACUCGAGUUGACUGGUUCUCUCUCCAUGAAAAGAUAUCUAACAGUUCCAGGUACCAAGUCUUUGGGAAUGGUUCAUUGUUCUUCCCAAGAGUGAGGUCUUCAGAUGAGGGGAUCUAUAGAUGUGAAGGAUUAGGAGCUAACAGAAGAAUUCCCUCCCAAACUUUUGCUUCAGAGCUUUUCAUCGCCAGUCUGGAAGAGUUCAAGAUGGAUUCAUUUGAGCCUCGAUUAAUUCCAAAUUUUCCAGUUGUCAUUCCAAUGCACACCCGAUUUGUUGUCAAAGUGUUUCCACCAGGGGGCAGACCAAAACCCACUCUUGAAUGGCGGGAUAGAAGCGACCUAAUCAUUGGGCCAAGUGGCAAUAUUCAUGUCAAUGAAACCGAACUCAUCUUUGAGAGACCACAAGAAAUGGACUCUGGCAAUUAUACUGCCAUUAUAAAAAACAUUGCUGGUAGAAAUCAACAAAAAGUGUGGAUUAUUGUUUCAGUGCCACCAACCAUUCGAAGGCCACCGUUAAACAUGGCUGUUGAGGAGGACAACAGUGCCAUAUUGAGUUGUCAGGUGUCAGGAACCCCGUACCCUGUCACUACGGUGAUCUGGGAGAAAGAUGGGAACCUCAUAAGAAUGGGCUCCAUGAGACAUAUCAUAGACUUAAAGCAAGGUACCCUGACAAUAAAGCAGACAGUGAUGGCGGAUGCAGGAACAUACAAAUGUGUGGCCAACACGACAGGACAAAGCUUAGUGGAAUCACAGGGGGCCUACCUCCAUGUCAAAAAGAAAUUGAAAUUUCAUCCUCCUCCUAAAGAUACCUACAUUGAGUUAUCCCAUGAUGCCUCAGUAACAUGCAAGGCUGAGGGAGAUGGACCUGUUCGUAUUGUGUGGCAGAGAUCCACUCCAACAGAUACAGCCCCUCACUUCACUUCCAUGGGGGGCACCAUGAAUUUCUUCAAGGUUCAAAGGUCAGAUGAGGGACUAUACACGUGUACUGCAUAUAAUGAUAAGCAAGGCUCCAUUAACACAACAGUCUUCAUAGAUGUUGUCGAGAGGCCCAGAUUUCAAGUAAGGCCAAAGAACAUGACAAUUUAUGAAGGACAUCCAGCAAUGAUGCACUGUGUUGCUAUUGGUGAUCCCAAACCAGAAAUCCAUUGGGACAAAAAUUACUUUCAAGACAUUGAUAGUAAAAGGAUUAAGCUUUUUCCUAAUGGCACCUUGUUUUUCUCUAAAGUUUACAUGGAAGACCAAGGCAGAUAUGGAUGUAAAGCUUCCAACGUGGCAGGAAAAGUCCGCAUCGAGGCAUUUCUUACUGUCUCAACAUCCAUUGAGUACACAAUUGGUAAAUCUAAUGAUGAUGGAGGGUCAGACAUGAUGAAGACAAUCAUCAUUGCUGUGUGUAGUGCGGGGGCAUAUUUAGCUUUGGUCAUAGCACUGACAGCCUACUGUAGCUAUAGACUUCUUAUGCAGAGGAGGAAUAGGAAAGCCACAUCCAAGACAGAAAAUGGUCACAUCUCAACUGAGCAGCAUGAAUUACUGGUCAAAGAGCGGGACAGUGAGUCAAGAAACCAGUGUCGUAGUGACAGUGACAACCGAUCACAUGCCUCAGGGCUGAGUUCUCACCCCUCCCAGUCCUCCUCUUCCUAUACUCGGUCACGGCGGGGAAGUCUGGAUAGGCUGGUCUACCCCAGACAGAAAAUCUCCUCAUUUGGCAUGCUAGGUAAUGGUGUGUAUGGGGAUGUCUUUCUGGCAAAGGCUAGUGAAAUCAGAGACGUUGAACCUGAGACUUUGGUGGUGGUCAAGUCUUUGUUGGUGAAGGAUGAACAUUUGUUCUUUGAGUACCGACAGGAAAUGGAAAUGUACUCUAAACUGGACCAUCCGUUCAUCAUAAAACUGUUGGGUGUAUGUCGAGAAGUUGAGCCUCAUUUCAUGAUCUUGGAGUAUUGUGACUGGGGGGAUUUAAAACAGUUCUUACUGGCCACGAGGGGUCACAUAAAUGGACGUCCAUUUCCAUCUCGAAUUCCGCCAUUGACUCUGGCUCAAAAGCUGACAAUGUAUAACCAGAUAGCCCUAGGCAUGGAACAUUUAUCCAAUCAUAGAUUUAUUCACAAAGACCUAGCAGCCAGAAAUAUUUUAUUAACCUCCAGAAUGGAGCUCAAAAUAUCUUCUCUCUCCAUGUCUCGAGAUGUGUAUGCAGGGGAGUACUUUUUUUAUAACCAGAGUCUUCUCCCUUUGAGAUGGACAGCACCAGAGGUGCUGCUUAGGAAUGAAUAUUCCACAAAGAGUGACGUUUGGGCAUACGGUGUGUUCAUGUGGGAAGUGUUCAGUCUCGGGGAGUUGCCUUACCCCACACUUUCUGAUGAAGAUGUUAUUAGAAAACUCAAAAUCUGUGAUAUUCAACUGCCAAUGACAGAACAAAUUCCAUUUGAACUGAGAGAUAUUAUUAAAAAAUGUAUGUCAGACAAUCCACGAGAUCGACCAGCUUUCAGUGAGUUGUGUUUACAUCUCAGUGAGAUGAUGACUAAAUGUCAGACGGUUAGUCUACCUACGUCUAUCUCACCUCUCCCUGUGUAGAGGGGGACACACAUUGUUAUAUGCUUUAUAUUUGAACAUUUUGUGAUGUGCCUAUGUAUGUGAGAUGAGUGAGUGUUGUGUGUAGACCAAGUCUUCAUACUUAUUAAUUGUUGAACAAGCCUUUAAAGUAUAUUGUAUUUGCAAUCAGCUCAAAUGUAAGGAAAUCCAUUUCUGUACACAGAAAAGUUGUUACUACUUAAUCAGUAUUUAUUCACAGAUUUUGCAGGAUUUUUAAAAUAUUGCUACAAGUGAAUGUUGACCAGAUUGACCGACAUGAGACAAGCUCAUUUCAGUACAUAACAUAGUACAGUAUUAUAAAUACAGGUAUACUUCAGCAUUUGUUUGAUGUUGUUUUUGGAUCUUAGUGUGUAUGGACUACAUGUAUAUGAAAAUAUGUGAUAGACUAGGCAUUGUGCUGGUCCAGAGGGUAAACACUUUUCUAUAAUAUUCAUUGAGUUUUGUGCUUGUCUUUGUUUCAUGUUUGAUAGAUCCUUUUUUCACUGAAGUCAUUCAGUCUAAAUAAAAUUGACUAAGUAAAUGUCAGAGAAUGUACUUGUAUGCAUAUAGAACAUUUGAAGUAUUUAUGUGUAUUAUAAAAUUAAAAAUAUAUCUGCAGCUUGUUUGUGUGUAUUUGCUGUUGAAUUUAGUGCUUGUCAAUGCUGACUUGUGUUCCAGAAAAUAAGAAUUCUCUUCAUUAGUUAUUAAAAGACUCAUGUAUAGGUUUUUUUUGUUUUGUGUCUGUGGAUACAUUACCUUCUAAAAGAAAAAUUUCAACAUGUACAAGACGUGCUCUGAGGUCUCAUUAGAGGAAGUUAUUAAUUAAUUUAAAAUGUUCAUAUACAAUCGUAUAUUUGUCAACAUAUUUCUAAGGUUAUAUAUAAUUGUGUCUGUGGACCAUAAAGCUAUUUGAGAUUUGUUUUAAUAUUAUUAUCUGUAAUUUAUUUGUGUCAGAAC